CCUGCUUCAAGGAACAUGAAAGGAUUAUCUGGCAGUCGCAAUCAAUCACAGUUAUGUUCUGCUCAUACCUGUGGCUUAGCAUCUGCUGAAGAUUGUGAACACACCCACGAUCAUAUUCAUCAUGGCCAGGAUUCAAGGCAAUCAUAUCUUCUCAGCCCAACGGAGAGCUGCCCGAUGGACCACCAUCGCUGCUCCCCACGGAGCUCCAUCCAUUCAGAAUGCAUGAUGAUGCCCAUGGUUAUGGGUGAUCAUAUGUCCAGUAGCACUUUUCCCAGAAUGCACUACACCUCACAUUACGAUACUAGGGACGAUUGUACCAUGUCUCAUGCUAACACUAAAGUUAACCGGAUCCCUGCAAAUCUGCUGGAUCAGUUUGAAAAACAACUUCCUCUCCACAGGGAUGGCUUUCACACUUUACAGUACCAGAGGACCUCAACAGCUGCUGAACAACGUAGUGAAAGUCCAGGGAGAAUACGCCAUCUUGUUCAUUCAGUACAAAAACUUUUCACAAAAUCUCAUUCUUUGGAAGGAUCUUCCAAGAGCAAUGUGAAUGGGACAAAGGGAGAUGGCCGAGGAGAUGACCAUCAUCAUGGACAUCAUUCAAAACAUAGCAAAAGAAGUAAAAGUAAAGAACGGAAACCUGAGAGUAAGCAUAAAACUGGAAUGAGCAGUUGGUGGAGUUCUGAUGAUAAUUUGGAUAGCGAUAGCACUUACCGAACACCUAGUGUUGUAAACAGGCAUCAUGUGGACCACAUCUCUCAUUGCUACCCCGAAGCUCUUCAGGGACACUUUGGGGACCUCUCACUAAAGACUUCAAAAAGUAACAAUGAUGUGAAGUGCUCUGCUUGUGAAGGCCUUGCAAUGGCCCCUGAUGGAAAAUACAUGAAAAGGAGUUCUUGGUCUACGCUUACCGUAAGCCAGGCUAAAGAAGCUUAUCGCAAGUCAUCCCUUAACCUAGAUAAGCCUCUAGUUCAUCAGGAAAUCAAACCUUCCCUGAGGCCAUGCCAUUACCUUCAGGUGCCUCAAGAUGAAUGGGGAGGGUACCCUGCUGGUGGUAAAGAUGAGGAGAUUCCCUGCAGAAGGAUGAGAAGUGGAAGUUAUAUUAAAGCCAUGGGAGAUGAGGAAAGCGGAGAUUCCGACACGAGCCCCAAAACAUCACCAAAGGUAGCAGUCCGGCCAGAGUCAUUGCUAAAAUCCAUUGGACAAAGACCUCUUGGAGAUCACCAAAAUCAGAGCUAUCUGCAAGCUGCAAGUGAUGUACCUGGUGGUCACAACUUGGAUCCGUCAGCAAACUACAAUUCCCCCAAGUUCCGAUCGAGGAAUCAAAGCUAUAUGAGAGCAGUGAGCACGCUCAGUCAGGCCAGCUGCAUCAGCCAGAUGAGUGAAGCAGAGGUCAAUGGGCAAUUUGAAUCUGUUUGUGAAUCAGUAUUUAGUGAAGUUGAAGCUCAGGCAAUGGAUGCCCUCGACCUCCCAGGAUGUUUCCGAACCAGAAGCCACAGUUACUUGCGUGCCAUUCAAGCAGGCUACUCCCAAGAUGAUGAAUGUAUCCCUGCAAUGGCAUCUUCCAAUAUCACCUCAACAAUCAGGUCAACAACAGCUGUAACAUAUACAAGUUACAAAAAAACACCGCCGCCUGUACCCCCUCGUACCACCUCUAAGCCACUAAUCUCAGUUACAGCCCAGAGCAGCACAGAAUCAACCCAGGAUGCCUAUCAUGAUAGCCGGACUCAGAGGAUAUCCCCGUGGCCUCAAGAUGGGCGAGGGAUGUACAACUCUACAGACAGUUUGGAUAGUAACAAGGCCAUGAACCUCGCCAUGGAAACAGCAGCUGCCCAACGCCACGUGUCUGAGAGUCACAGUACCUCAGUACGAACCAGCGACAAGGCCAUCCUAGUGACAAAGGCUGAGGAGUUCCUUAAGAGUCGGCGUUCCUCUAUAGGGAUUCAGGUGGAAACAGCAACUGAUUCAGAUACUGAGAGCAGAGGUCUACGGGAAUAUCAUUCUGUUGGAGUGCAAGUUGAAGAUGAAAAACGACAUGGACGGUUUAAGCGCUCAAACAGUGUCACAGCAGCUGUUCAGGCUGACCUAGAACUUGAAGGCUUCCCGGGACAUAUAACAAUGGAGGAUAAGGGACUUCAAUUUGGUGGCUCUUUCCAGAGGCAUUCAGAACCUAGCACCCCUACUCAGUAUGGUGCAGUAAGAACUGUACGGACCCAGGGGCUAUUUAGUUACAGAGAAGAUUAUAGGACCCAAGUAGACACUUCCAAUCUUCCACCACCUGAACCCUGGUUGGAACCAGCCAUCGAAACAGUUGAAACAGGGCGGAUGUCUCCUUGUCGAAGGGAUGGGUCUUGGUUUAUGAAGUUACUACAUACUGAGACAAAGAGAAUGGAAGGAUGGUGUAAAGAGAUGGAGAGAGAAGCAGAAGAAAAUGAUCUUUCUGAAGAAAUUCUAGGUAAGAUCCGAAGUGCCGUCGGAAGUGCUCAGCUGCUUAUGUCUCAGAAAUUCCAGCAAUUCUAUUGGCUAUGUCAACAGAAUCUGGAUCCCAGUGCCAUGCCCCGGCCAACUUCACAGGACCUAGCAGGAUUCUGGGACUUGUUACAGUUAUCAAUUGAAGAUGUCAGUAUGAAGUUUGAUGAACUGCACCAGCUGAAACUGAAUGAAUGGAAAAUAAUAGAAUCACCUGAAAGAAAGGAAGAAAGAAAAGUUCCUCCUCCAGUACCAAAGAAGCCCCCAAAAGGAAAAUUCCCUAUCACGAGAGAGAAGUCUCUAGAUCUGCCCGACAGACAACGUCAAGAAGCCCGAAGACGGCUAAUGGCUGCUAAAAGAGCAGCCUCUUUUCGGCAGAAUUCAGCUACAGAGCGUGCAGACAGCAUUGAGAUAUAUAUCCCAGAGGCCCAAACUAGGCUUUAA